AUGCCGGCUGCAACCAGCCUCGGUGUGUGCGGGCUGCAGAGUGGGUAUCGCUGCUGGGUGAUGCCGGGCUGUCCGCAGGGCCCCGGUUCGACCCCGGGCCCGCUGCGCGCAGUGCCGGGAGCGGCCGGCAGGGGGCGCGCCGCCCCCUCGGUGCGCGGGGCCGCGGGGCUGCCCCGGCGGGAGGAGCGCGGGAAGGGCGGGAGCGGCCGGGGCUGCGCGGGGCGCGGCGGCCGCUCCGGACCGGACCCUGCGCCGGUGCCGUGCGGGGCCGGCCGUGCCGCGGGGCGUCGCGGAGGGCAGCGGGCGGGGAGGGCAGCCCGCGAGAGCCGCCGGAGCCGCGGGCCGGGCUGCGGCGGGAGCUGCCCGGCGCAGGGGUGGGGACUGGCCGCUUCCUUAAACGGCGCGGGAGCGGCGGAGCGAGCCCGCACCGCCCCGGUGUGCCGGGCCGCGCUGACCCUCCCGGGACGCGGCCGCAACACGUGGAGCGAACUUUUGAGGGACGCGUGUGUGCGCCGGACGGGAGCCCCGCGCCCGGGACCGCAGCGCUGCACGGAGCAGCUCGUCUCUCUCCGGGCAAAGAGGAAGGUAGGAAAAAACGACCGUGAUCAAUACCGGCUUAAAUACCCAUCUGCGAGCCACUGGCCUGCGGGAGGCAGGAGAGGGGAGCGCGGCCGCCGGUCCGCCGCCGCUCCCUGCUCGGCUGUAGCUCAGCCCGAGCCCUUCCCGUGCGGAUUCCCGAGGAUCUGCAGCUCCGGGCGGGGAGGCGGCCGCGGGGGCCCGCGAGCCCCUUUCCCGUGCCCCCCCUGCUCAGAACAGGUAUGGUAUGAACAGGAGCUGGUCCCGUGGCUGUGCAAUGAGCGUUCACAUGGAGUCAUCCUGCCGGAGCUGCUGCAGCUGCUGCGUGAGCCUGAAGGACAGUCCUUGUCCCAGGGGCUGUGACAGAUGGGACAAUGGCACAAGGAAGGCCACUGCCAUCAGAGAAGGAUGGAUACUGCUCAACCCACAGGGAACAGAGAAACCUGGGCUGCUCAGGGUGCCACAGAACUGUCCAGGAGUGUCCUUUGUGCCAGCUGACUCCAGGAAUGUGACGCUUUUGGAACUGUUGGUGUCAGGACUUCCUGCUUUUACACCUUUGAUUCCUGAGACUGCCUCAUCGUAGGAAACCCCAGAUCCGCUGCUCCUCUCCAAGGAUUUCUGUAUCCAGCAGCUCUGGUGUCUUCUUUGGAUACUGGAAGGGCUUGAAUGUUUCCUUGGCAAGAUGGGUGGAUGGAAUUAGUUUAAUCUGUUCUGAUUCUGAUACCUACAAGUCAACUGACCCAAUGACCUCUUCUGCUAACAGGCUGCAAAGCAACACUCUACUGCUGUGGAAUAUUCUUUGUGAUGAAAACAGAGGAUUGGGAAUGGGGGUUUGCAACUUUUUUGGAUGAGUUUCUGUUACAUUUUUUAUCUUUAGUAUCAACACUUUAAAUAAGAGUAUUUAUAUGUUAAAAUAAACACAUUUUUUGCCCUGAAAUAAUGGAAUAUGCCUCCCCAGCCUCUUCCUACCUCAGCUCUGCCACUGUGAAGAGAACCCACCCCUAGAUUUUAAGGUCAGAAGAACGAGUCAGAACUUCCAAGAGAGGAUGUGCACAGAGCAACUCCUGCAGUUCAUCCUGCAGCCCAGCCCUGAUGAACGGAUCUUCUUCUCAUGUGCUGUGGGAGCUCUGCCUGUAGAAAUGUCUGAGAGACUGUUCCAGGGCUUUACAACCUUGUGUCUUUUUCCUUGUGGCAAGCUGCAAGUUGCCUGCUUAUCCUGGCCUGUGUGGACAGAGCCCUUUGUGUGUGAGACUGCGUGUGGGGAGCAGGACAGCACCGUGGUUUGUGCUGUUUCUGUCAGAUCUGUUCCCAAAGGAGCUGCCCCAGCUGCUGUCACAGAGAAGGGCUGGUGCAGCAGGGGCUGUAGGGGCACUUGGUAGUGGCCAGGGGCUCACAGGCAGGACCCCUGUGCACGUCCUGCAGUGGCAGCCAGCCCUGCUGGUCCCUCUUGAACCUGAGGACAUUGUCAGCAGACCCGAGUCCAUUCCUUAGUGCCCACAGUCAGCCACCAAGACUUCAACAACAAAUCUGACUAGAUUGAAUUUUCUAUAUUUUUAAAGUUCAGUGUCAUGUAGCAACUCCAAUUUAGCUUGGGAAAAAAGCAGAAAUACCUAAAAUAAAGGUGUUUUGAAAAGUACAUGCAGGCAAUUCUGGGUUUUUUCAGACUCAGUCUCAGGUGAUGCCCUCAGCUUCUACUGCUAUUAAGCUCUGCCCCAGACUUCUUCAAGUUGCCAUCCCUUGUCUGUGCUAAACAUCAUGAAUGUGAAAAUAGAUCCUGCUGAAAUAAAAAACCCUGGUCCUCACAUGCACAUCAUUUUUUCUCUGAAAAACAAAUAACAGCAGACAAACUAAGCCUGAGCCACCAUUGAUGCUGCUUUGCCCAUCCUUAGAAAGUGCAGAGCUGCUUUAUAUGUAGCUUAAAAAAAAAAUAAAGUAUGUGCUAUUUCCUGAAUACUGAGGAUAUAAGAAAAACAGUUGUGGUGUCCCAGGUAAAUAAUGUUACUGGGUGUAAUGAUUUAAAUCUCACAUUGUAAUUCUGUAAACUCAGACUUAUUCUUUAGGCUCAAUAGCAACACCCUUGUAGACAAAAAAACACAGAGAAAUUGAGAGUUGUAGCAACCCAGUUUGUAAAUUAGGGUACCAGUAAGCCCAUGGAACUGGGCACGAUGCACUUAAAGGGAGGCACCCCCAGACUCCUC